CAUGAAAGCUCACUAAUGAGUCUCUGUUUCAUAUUUCCAUUUGAUAUUGGAUAUGGAUGCUAUGUGGACUGCUUCUGUGUGUACUUCAGGGCAUGGGCAUGCAUGCUUAUAACUUGGACUAUAAUUAGCAUGUUCAUUAGGUGGCGGAGAUGCAACAAAGCGAGGAAGCAUCAUAGCAACGAAUUGCGACUUUCCUUCAAAAUGGCUGAGGUGGAAGAGACGAUCAAAAGGAUUCAGAGUCAGAAAGGAGUACAAGGAAUCAUCAUUGUUAAUGCAGAAGGCAUCCCAAUCAAAAGCACUCUUGACAACUCAAGCACAGUUCAGUACGCCGGUAAUGUCCACCAGCUGCUCAUGAAAGCUCGGGGAAUGGUGAGGGACAUCGACCCACAAAAUGAUCUCACCUUUCUCAGAGUUCGAUCAAAGAAGAAUGAGAUCAUGAUUGCCCCAGAUAAGGACUAUUUCCUGAUCGUCAUUCAAAAUCCUACGGAGUAGUUCUGAAUUCCUCGUAGUUGUUGCUGUAGUAUUUUUCCUUUUUUAAUUAAUUGCCAAAAGUGUUUCAUUUCAUGUUCUAGGAAAGCUUCAUCUUAUUACAAAUAUUCAGUUUAUACUGCUCUUGCUUAUCAUUCCAAUAUUUUGCUCUUUGUGUUGUAACUUAUUGUUCUCUCAUAUUCUCUUUUGCAAAUUCUAAAGCUGCUCAUAAUCUAUAAGCAUCAACAUGACACUAUGACAUACUGUACUUGUUUAUUCUAAAAAAGGACAAUAAACCAAUAAUGCAUCUCCUUUCA